ACUUCAGAACCCAUUGAGAUUUUGAAGUAUUAUCAAAAAAUCUUCAUCCAAGGCAGAGAGCUCGAUGUCACGGAUGAAUCCGUAAUGAUUGAGGGAAAUACUACGAGCAUAUUCAUAAGCCGGCUGGCAAUAUUGGAAGAUGCUUUCGUAGAACUAAGUGCAGCCGAGAAUAUACGCUUCCCACUGGAAGUUACAUUUCAUGGCGAGCAGGCAGAAGAUUUUGGAGGGCCCAGGCGGGAGUUCUUCACCAUUGUUGUCCGGGAAAUAAAAGAGAGAAUGUUGGAUGAAGAGAUAAAUUUCGUUCCAUGUGAUGAAAGGCUGGCACGCCAGCAUUUCUUUUACGCUGGACUCCUCUUGGGUUUAAGUGCCAUUCAGGGUGGCCCGCUCGCGCCAUAUCUUCAUUCCCUCCUCAACGCAAGUGAAACGACUGAAAAAAAACAAUUCAUCAAGGGUUUAAGAAGGACUGGGCUAUUUCAAUUAAUGCAGGGAACAGGCACAGUUAGAUUUCUCUUCCAUCCGACAGCAACAACAACACUGACCGUCAACAAAUUGUUACACCUGUUGACAGUAAAUUUCUCAUGUGAGGGAUCGUCUCGCCGAGCUAAAGAGGAGAAAACGUACAACGAAUUUGUUAAAUACCUCAGGGAUGUUUACGCUGGAAGAAGAGGAGACAACAUUUCACUAGGAAAUGUCCUGAAUUUUAUCACCUGUGUUGAAAAUAUUCCUCCACUGGGAUUUGCCAUUACACCAUCCCUAACCUUCGUUGAUGAUGCUGGGCCAUUUCCAACGGCCCAGACUUGUAUCAACCGCAUUAUACUGCCCUCUGGCACCGCCGCGCUUAAUCCGGAUUUUCUGGAUCUGGCCUUCUUGAAUGCUCACUUCGGACAUACGUAGAACAGAUUUGGAAUACUUAACAAGAGACUUGCAUAGUAACACCGUUUUACUGUCAUUGCAUUCUGAGUAUUUCCCACAUGGGGAGCAAGCCUCUGUGGAUGUUUUUAAAACAUUUUUCUUAAUUCCUGUGAGUAGACCUGUUUUGUAGUAUACGAUUUCAUUGGCGCAUCAUGUGUAUUUGAACUGUGAAAUUGAUUGUUGCUCACAUUCUACGUUUUGUACAGAAACUGAUUUCUUUACUUGUAUUACUCAUAACACCUAAUUACAGAUGACUUGCAUGCUUAUUGUGCUUUCGACAGCCAGUCAGUUUAUACAGAGUUGUACAUGUAAAUACAACUGUUUAUAUGAUCUUCGAAGUCAAAGGUAAUUAAACUUAAUUAAAGUAAGGUUAAACACGA